AAAACCUUUUCAGUGUUUCAUUCCAUUUCGUUUUCAUUUUAUAUGAAACAUUGAUUCACGUUUCCACUUAUUGGAACUCAUUACAAAUACAUUUUGUAAACAAACCUGAUCUUCCCGAAGUGUUGUUCCAAGACAUUUGAUUUUUAAUCAAAAUGGAAAUUGUCAAUCCAUGUUUCUCGGUGCUGUCAAACUUUGAGGUUUUGGAAUCUCUCAAAAACAUUAAGGACACCAAAAAGAAAUAUGGUCUUCGUAAUUUGGCCACAAUCACCUACGAAACUUUGCAAUAUUUGGAGGAAUCACCCUGCAAACAUCAAAACCGGGAUGUCAUUUGUGCUUUCAUCAAAGAUAUGCAGCCCUACAAAUUGACCACUAACGAGCUACUGAUGAUGGUUAAUGACCCACCCUCAAGUGCUUUACACAUUCAGCUGCUAAUUGAAGAUAGCGAGGAACGUUUAACCGAGGAUCAAGUUAAUGAAAUUAUAGAAAUAACCAAAAAACAUUUUCCCGGACCACCGGCUGAAUCAAGCUGAUAAUAAACACAAAAUAUGUUCUAUAAAAA